AUGUCACGGCCCACGCCACGCGGUUACCCACAGGACUACAUCGUCCGCAUCCGCUACCAGAACACGCUUCCGCCGCCGCAAUGUCCGCCCAAGCUUCUCGACAUCCCAAACAGCGCGGCCGCGCAGUUCACCGACACGUCGUUUGCGAGCAAGCUGGCGCGCACCGAGUCGCUGUGCGUGGACGUGGACUCGGAGCUGGGCAUGCCGCUGGACAUGGUGCAUGUGCCGAGGGUGUUUGAUGGCGAUGACGCCGCAAUUAGACCGCUCGACCCCACCCCGCCCGUCGACCCCCGCGACCGCCUGCUCCUCCGCUCCGCAUCCUCGCUCGGCCAGACAGCACUCACAAAGACCGGCUCCGCAUCCGCAAUCUCCUUCCUGCGCCGCACCGAGUACAUCUCCGCCGAGCAGUCGCGGUCGACCUUCAAGGGCAGCGGCUCCACCACCUCAGACCGCAUGCUGCAGGCCUCGCGCGCAAAACGCACAGCCACAAAAGACCAAGACAACGAUCCGCUGCGCAUCCUUCAGGCCAUCCUGAAGGGCUUCGACGUCGCAAACCCGGAGACGGCCGGCCAGGGCACAAUCGGCCUCAAGAACCUCGCGGCCGGCGAUAAGGCCGCGGCCAACGCGGAGAGGAACUGGAAGGAGCUAAGACACCCGAAUAAGCCGCAGCUGCGCGCGGUGGAGACGUUUCCGCUGCUGCCGGACUUCAAUGCCACCAGCGACAGCGGCGGGUACAUGCUGUUCAAGUUCUCAGCGAACCCUGUUGUUGCGGGCGCGCGGCGCGAUGCGCGGCUGGACGUGGGGCUGCUGAAGCCGCAUGAGAAGCCCGUUGACGAGGAGGGCAACGUGGAUGCCGUGGGCCAGGACGUGUUCGACUACUACCUCCCCGCCAGCAGCAGCGUGGCCAGCGGGAUAAAGCGCAAGUUUGCCGCGUACAAGGAUGAUCCGACGAGCGGCGACGAGGCCGUGGAGGAGGAGGACGAGUUUCGGUACGAGUAUGUGCGCUCGUAUGAGACAAAGUCGCAUAAGCAGCACUCGGACGAGCUGGAGGAGGCGGCGCUGAUCUUUCAUGCGGGCGAUGAGGAGAAGGCGAGGGGCGCGUACUUUUAUCCCGUGUUGACGAGGUAUGUGUUGAGGCCGAAGAGGAAGAGUCGGUUUCCGCCGGGGAUGCCGAUGAGGCAUGAGGAUGUGGAGGAGGAGGAGGAGGUGGAGAAGCCGCCGGAGGUGAUGAAUGUGAAGGUGAGGAGCUUGAAUGGCGAGGAGAGGAGGAGGAGGGAUGAGCAGAAGGCGAGGAUGGAUAAUCCGAAGGCGGCGGUGGAGGAGUGA